UCCUCCGGCUCUCCGGCUCUCCAGCGACUCUCGGCUCCUCUCGGCCGCCUCCCGCGCCGCCCGCCCCGGACCCGACCCGCCUCGCCUCUCCGCCCGGACGCCGCGCGGCCGCCCCCGGUUCGGACGGCAGGUGGAGCAGACAGAGAGGGGAGGAUGGCGCCCCGGCCGGCCGUGCUGCUGCUGCUGCUGCUGGCCGCCUGCAGCGCCCAGGAGCUGCCCGCCGGCGGGGUGAACGGCUACAGCCUCCACCCGCCGUACUUCAACCUGGCCGAGGGCACCAAGAUCACCGCCACCGCCACCUGCGGGGAGGACGACGGCGGCCGCCCGCUGCACGACCUGUACUGCAAGCUGGUGGGGGGCCCGGUGUCCGGGGACCCGAGCCAGACCAUCCAGGGUCAGUACUGCGACAUCUGCAGCCAGGGCGACGGCGACCGCGCCCACCCCAUCACCAACGCCAUCGACGGCACGGAGCGCUGGUGGCAGAGCCCGCCGCUGUCCCGCAGCACCGAGUUCAACCAGGUCAACGUCACGCUGGACCUGGGCCAGCUCUUCCACGUCGCCUACGUGUUGAUCAAGUUUGCCAACUCUCCCCGGCCGGACCUGUGGGUGCUGGAGCGGAGCGUGGACUUCGGCCAGACCUUCCAGCCGUGGCAGUACUUCGCCUCCUCGAAGAGAGACUGCAUCGAGCGUUUCGGACAGAGGACCAUCGAGAGAAUCAACAAUGACGACGACGUCGUCUGCACCACCGAAUAUUCCCGGAUCGUCCCGCUGGAGAACGGAGAGAUCGUGGUGUCUUUGGUCAACGGUCGGCCCGGAGCCAUGAACUUCUCCUACUCGCCGGUGUUGAGGGAGUUCACCAAGGCCACCAACAUCAAGCUGCGCUUCCUGAGAACCAACACGCUGCUGGGACACCUGAUGGGCAAGGCGCUGCGCGACCCCACCGUGACCCGCAGGUAUUACUACAGCAUCAAAGACAUCAGCAUCGGAGGGCGCUGUGUGUGUAACGGACACGCCGAGGCCUGCAACGCCAAGGACCCAAACGACCCCUACAAGUUACAGUGCGAUUGCCAGCACAACACCUGUGGAGUGUCAUGUGACCAGUGCUGCCCAGGAUACAACCAGUUACCGUGGAAACCGGCCACCACCUACAGCGCCAAUGAAUGUGAACCCUGUAACUGCCACCGUCACUCCUUCGACUGUUACUACGACUCGGAGGUGGACGAGCGGCGAGGCAGCCUGGACGUCCACGGACACCACCGGGGGGGCGGAGUCUGCCUCAACUGCCAGCACCACACCACCGGAGUGAACUGCGAGCGCUGCAUCCCCACCUACUACCGGUCCCCGGACCACUCCAUGGACUCGCCGCUGGCCUGCUCCGCCUGCGACUGCGAGUCGGAGUUCACCGACGGGACGUGUGAGGAUCUGACCGGGCGCUGCUUCUGCCGGCCCAACUUCACCGGGGACGACUGCCGGUCCUGCGCCAGCGGCUUCGCCGGCUUCCCCGAGUGUUACCCCGUCCCGACGUUUCCCACCAACAACAACCACGGCGAAGCCAAGCCGGCCGGAGAGAUCAUCAACUGCGAGUGCAGCGCGGCGGGGACAGUGGACAACUCGUGCCGGCCGGACCCCCGGACUCGAACCUGCGUCUGUAAGCCGGGGUUCACCGGAGACCACUGCGACACCUGCGCCCCGGGGUUCCACGGACUCAACUGCCAGGCCUGUCAGUGCUCCGGGCCGGGCUGUCUGGACGGGUCAUGUGACCUGGUCACCGGUCACAGUGUGUGUCGGAGCGGUUUCCAAGGUUACCAGUGUGACCAGUGUGCGCCGGGUUACUUCAACUACCCUCUGUGCCAACUGUGCGGCUGCAGCGCCGUCGGCUCGCUGCCCGAAGGCUGCGACGCCUCCGGACGCUGCCUCUGCAGGCCCCAGUUCCAGGGGCCCCGAUGUGAGCAGUGCCGGUCUGGGUUCCACUCCUACCCAGACUGUCAAGAAUGCACCUGUGACGCCCGCACCUCCCUGGACACUUCCUGCACCGCCUCCGGCCACUGCCACUGCCGGCCCAACUACAGCGGGGCGUCAUGUGACCAGUGCGCCCCCGGUUACUACGGUUACCCCGGCUGCACACCCUGCCACUGCUCUGCAGACGGCUCCCGGUACACCAGCUGCGACCAGCUGAGCGGACAGUGUGUGUGUCUGCCCAGCGUGGUCGGCCUGAGGUGUGACAGCUGUGCACACGGCUCCUACGGCUUUCCCAACUGCCAGGCUGGAAGCUGCCAUCCUGCCGGCUCGCUGCAGUCGUCCCUCCAGACGCCGCUGGGUGAGUGUGAGUGUCGCCACCAUGUGGAGGGUCCGGCCUGCGACAGGUGUAAACCUCUGUACUGGAACCUGAACCCCGACAGCCCUGAAGGCUGCUCCAACUGUGAGUGUAACCUGGCCGGGACGGUGAGCGGAGUGGCUGAAUGUGCUCAGGACAGUGGUCAGUGCCACUGUAAGCCCAACACCUGCAGCGGAACCUGCUCCACCUGUAAGGACGGCUUCUACAACCUGCAGGAGAACAACUACUUCGGCUGUCAGGGCUGCCGCUGUGACAUCGGGGGCUCGGCGGGUCAGUCCUGCGGCGAGAGGAGCGGCCAGUGUCGCUGCAGACCCAACGUGGAGGGGCCCAAGUGCAACCUGCCGCGUCCCGAUCACUACUUCCCGGAUCUCCACCACCUGAAGUUUGAGAUCGAGGAGGGAACCAUGCUGGACGGGCGGCCGGUGAGGUUCGGCUACAACCAGCUGGAGUUCCCCGACUUCAGCUGGAGAGGCUACGCCCAGAUGUCACCGAUCCAGUCCAGGGUCUUGGUGUCGGUGUCUGUGGGUUCUCCGGAUCUCUUCCGUGUGGUUCUGCGUUAUGCCAACAGGGGGCGCUCCAGCGUUGUGGGUCGGGUGUGGGUGAUGGAGGACGGCUGGAGCUUCUUCUGUGGGAACUGUUCCGAGCAGUCCAAACAGAUCGUCUUUGCUCCCAGCGAGGAACCGACGUUCCUCAACGUUCCUCAGAACAGCUUCGUGGAGCCGUUCGUGUUGAACCCGGGCAGCUGGACCGUGGUCAUCGAGGCCGAGGGGGUCCUGCUGGAUUACCUGGUUCUGCUGCCCAGCGCCUACUAUGAAGCCCCCAUCCUGCAGAUCAGAGUGACGGAGCCCUGCAGCUACAGCGCCAGCCCCCGGGACGGACACAACUGCCUGUCCUACAGGUCCCUGUCUCUGGACUCCUUCCCCUCCGUCUCUGGAAACGACGCCAGCUGCCGUAACGACAACCACCUGCCGCGCCCCUGCCCCGCCGAGAGGCCGACCCCUCGCCAUCCGGACAUGGCGGUCUGCAGAGGCCACGACAUGAGCGUGGAGCUGCGGCUCCGCCUGCCGUCUCCCGGCGACGCCGUCCUGGUGGUGGAGUACUCCAGCGAGGAAGAACUGCCGCAAACCCUGUCUGUCGCCGUCAACGCGCCGGGAGCCCGGGCGCAGCAGCACCGGCUCACCCUGCUGCACUGCCAGUACAGCUUCCUGUGUCGAGCCGUCGCCGUGGACGAGCAGAGCCGAGUGUCCGUCUUCUCCCUGCAGACCAACACCGAGAUCCAGCUGCUGUCUGAGCACGCCAGCUUCUUCCUGCACAAAGUGUUCGCGGUGCCCAGAGAGCAGUUCAGCAUGGAGCAGGUGAAGCCGCAGGUCCACUGCAUCAGCUCCCACGGACUCUUCGCACCUGACAGCUCGUCCUGCGUCGCCUCGCGCUUCCAGACCCCGUCCGACUCUCUGGUCCUGAAGGAGGGCCAGAGCUCGUCCAUGCAGGAACCCAUCCUGCCGCCGCCCCCGCCGCCGCCCCCCCCGCCGCCCUCCCACCAGCGGGACGAGCCGGUGUGGGUGGGCGGGGACCGGGCGCCGUUCGGGGCGGACAGCGGCGACCACGUGCGGCUGGACUCGGUGCAGAAUGCAGCGGUGUACUCCACCCGGGUCCACGCCCUUGGCCGCUACGUCUUCAUCCUGCACUACCACCAGCCUCUCCACCCCACCUUUCCCGUGCAGGUUUACAUCAACGGAGGAAGAAUCUGGCAGGGCCUCGCCAACGCGUCCUUCUGUCCUCACGCCUCCGGCUGCCGGGACGUCCUGGUCUCGGAGAACCAGAUCAUCCUGGACGUGACGGAUCACGAGCUCUUCCUCACCGUGCAGAUCCCCGCCGGGCGGACGCUGUGGCUGGACUACGUCCUGGUCGUCCCCGAGCGGAGCUACAGCUCCAGCCACCUGAGCGAAGAACCUCUGGACAAAUCCUACGACUUCAUCAGCAGCUGCGGCCAGAACAGCUUCCACAUCGAUCCGGCCUCCGCCUCGCCGUUCUGCCUCGGCUCGGCCGUCUCGCUGUCGGCCUUCUUCAACAACGGCGCCCUGCCGUGCGCCUGCCACGAGGCGGGGGCGGAGAGCGACGCCUGCGAGCAGCUGGGCGGCCGCUGCCGCUGCAGGCCCAACGUGAUUGGCCGGGACUGCUCCAUGUGCGCCACGGGCUUCUGGGGCUUCCCCAACUGCAGGCCCUGUACCUGCGGCGGCGGCCGGCUGUGCGAGCCGGUCACCGGCGACUGCAUCUGCCCGCCCCGGACGCUGCGGCCCGACUGCACGCAGUGCGAGCCGCAGACGUUCGGCUGCCACCCGGUGGUGGGCUGCGAGGUCUGCAACUGCUCCCGGCCCGGCGUCCAAUCCCCCGACAGCAGCUGCGACACGCUCAGCGGACAGUGCCGGUGUAAGAACAACGUGGUCGGCCGACAGUGCGACCGCUGCGCUCCUGGUUUCUACGGUUACCCAAACUGCAGACCAUGUGACUGCAACGAGGCGGGAACGGAGGAGGACGUGUGUGACUCCUUCACGGGACAGUGUGUCUGCAAGGAGAACGUCCAGGGCUCGCGGUGCGAUCAGUGCAGAGUUGGAACGUUCCACCUGGACCCGACCAACCCGAAGGGCUGCACCAGCUGCUUCUGCUUCGGCGCCACGGACCGCUGCCGCAGCUCCGACAAGAGACGCACCGAGAUCAUGAACAUGGAGGGCUGGGUGCUGCUGGGCGCCGACAGACAGGAAGUGCCCGUCACGGUGUACCCGGGUCAGGACCUGGUGGAGGCCGACCUGAGCGACGUGCCCGACGUCUACCAGGACCUCCACUGGCACGCGCCCCGGACCUACCUGGGGGACAAGGUGUCGUCUUACGGAGGUUACCUGAGGUACCGGCUGCACACUCAGACCAUGAGAGGAGACGUGUUGACGCUUCCUGCCGAGGCCUCGAGGCCAGACAUCAUCCUGAAGGGGAACCAGAUGACGCUGGUCUUCCUGGAGAGGGAGUACUCCUCGCCUGAAGACCCCCACCUGGGAAUCGUUCACAUCGUGGAGGGAAGCUUCCGCCACGCCCGGACCGGGAACUCGGUGUCCCGGGAGGAGCUGAUGAUGGUCCUGGUGUCUCUGGAGUCCCUGCAGAUCCGAGCCCUCCACUCGCAGUCGGCGCACUCCGUGUCGCUGCGCGGCGCCGUGCUGGAGGGCGCCGAGGGCCUGCCCAACGGUCGCCAUGCCAACAACGUGGAGAUCUGCAUGUGCCCCGCUAACUACCUGGGAGACUCCUGUCAGAAAUGCGCUCCUGGUUACUACAGAGACACCAUCGGCCUGUUCCUGGGGAAGUGCGUCCCCUGCAACUGUAACGGACACUCGGACCGCUGCCUGGACGGCUCCGGCGUCUGCCUGGACUGCCAGCACCACACGGCGGGGGACCACUGCGAGCGCUGCCGGGGCGGCUUCCUGGGCAACAACAGCCUGGACGGCCAGGCGGUGGCGUGCUCCAGCUGCCCCUGCCCGCUGCGGGCGCCGUCCAACAACUUUGCCGAGGGCUGUGUGGAGAAGAGCGGCAGGAUGCAGUGUCUGUGCAUGCCGGGUUACGCCGGGCCGAACUGUGAGAGGUGCGCUCCCGGUUUCUACGGCAACCCGAUGGUCCUGGGCAGCGGCUGCCAGCCGUGCGACUGCAACGGCAACACGGACCCCAACAUGCUGUUCACCGACUGCCACCCGCUGACCGGCGAGUGUCUGAGCUGCAUGCACGACACGGCGGGGCCGCACUGCCAGCGCUGCGCCCCCGGGUUCUACGGCGACGCCGUGCGGGCCAAGAACUGCAGCCGCUGCGGCUGCUCCCCGUGCGGCGCCGAGGCGUGCGACCCCCGCACCGGAGAGUGCCGCUGCAAGCCGGGAGUCACCGGGCCGCUCUGCGACCGCUGCCAGGACGGCUGGUUCGGCUUCGACUCGUGCGCCGGCUGCCGGCCGUGCGACUGCGGCGCCUCGGCGGCUCUGCUGCAGCCCUGCGACCCGCAGAGCGGACGGUGCGCCUGCCGACCCGGGGUCAACGGGCCCGGCUGCAAGCAGUGCGCCCCGGGGUUCUGGGACUACGGACCCGACGGCUGCAAGAAGUGUGAGUGUAAAGGCGGCCGCUGCGACCCGCGGUCCGGGGAGUGCCGCUGCCCCGACGGCAUGACGGGGAAACAGUGUGACAGCUGCUCGCACAGAUACAGCGUGCCGGUGGACGGCGAGCGGGGCAUGCACUGCGAGAUGUGUGACAGCUGUGUGAUCGUGCUGCUGGAGGACCUGGAUAAGAUGAGCUCAGAAUUCCAGUCGGUGUCUGAUCAGCUGAGCAGCCUGAACUCCAGCUCCAUGGCCUGGACGCAGCUCAGCAGGCUCAACAAGUCUGUGGAGGACAUGGCCCGUGUUGUGGAGAACUACAACAACACGCUGGAGGAGAGUCGGACUCGAGCCGACCUGCUGGAGGCCGAGAUCGGAAACAUCCACGACGACAUCGACGAGCUGCAGAGCAAAGUGGCUGCCAUGAGCGUCCGGGCUGGCGGUCUGCAGGACAGUACCGCCAGCAGCCACCAGAGGGCAGAGGACCUGCUUGGCUUCAUCAACAACGUUACCAUGGAGAUCAGGAACAUGCUGCUGAUGUCGAACCGGUCGUCGGUGAACGAGACGGAGGCGGACCAGGACGAGGACGAGCGCGCCAGGAAGCUGGCGGAGGUGGAGGCCAUGCUGAGGGAGAUGAGGUACCGCAGCUGCGCCGGGCAGAAGAAGGUGGCCGACCGGGAGAAGGCGGAGGCGGAGAAACUGUUGGACCGGGUCAACCAGGAGCUGGCGGGCCGUCAGGGGGAAAACAACGACCUGGCCAAGACCCUGAGGGACCGGCUGAACCGCUUCCACUCUCAGAUGAUGGACCUGCGCGACGCCCUGAACCAGGCGGUCAACAACACGGCCCGGGCCGCCGAGAUCAACAACGCCAACGAGAAGGCCCUGGAGGACAACAACAGGAAGAUCCAGGAGCUGCUGUCCAAGCAGAAGGAGGUGAUGGAGCAGCUGGACAUGGCGGAGGACAACGUGGCUACGGUUAACGACCUGCAGGCCGCGCUGCAGAACUCCAAGGAGGAGUACGAGCACCUGGCGGCGAAGCUGGACGGAGCCAGGACGCCGUUAGCCAAGAAGGUGCAGGACUUCGCCUGGGCCGACUCCAAAAUCCCCCUGGUGGAGGAGGCGGAGAGACACGCCGAGCUGCUCAACGCCUUAGCGAUGAACCUGUCCAGCCUGAUUGCAGAAACCAAGAAAGACGGCUUCAUCGACGUGACUCAGGCUUACAACAAGAUCAUCAACAGCAUCGGCGAGGCGGAGGAGGCCGCCGAGGGAGCCGCCAAGGCCGCCAACGAAACCGUGGAGAACAUGAAGAACCAGAACCUGAGUCAGCUGGCAGACUCGCUGAGGAACCACAGCGUGGAGCUGAAGGACGAGGUGGAGAAGCUGGACGAGGAGCUGAACAACGACCUGAAGCCUCAGCUGGAAGACGCCAAGAGGCGACUGGACGACGCCAAAAACAAGCAAGUCCAGACCAUGAAGGACCUGGAGGCAGUUCAGAACAACCUCAACUCCACCUCAAACGUGACUCAGGACAUCGACGAGGCCAAGCGGAUCGCCGGCCAGGCCAACAGCACCGCCGCGCAGGUCAACGACGCGCUGCGACCCAUCAAGGAGCAGCUGGACAAAUGGCAGCAGACCUACGGCGACGCCAACGCCACCAACGACGACAUCAACAGCGCCCUGAUGGAGGCCAACAACACCGUGCACAAGCUGGGUGAAGCUCUGCCCAAGCUCAUGAAGAAGCUGGACGAGCUGCAGAACCACUCGGCUCAAAUGCCCAACAUCUCAGAAAACAUCAGCCGCAUCCGACAGCUCAUCCAGCAGGCCCGCAACGCUGCCAGCAAGGUGAGCGUGCCGGUGAAGUUUAACGGGAAGUCGGGCGUCCAGGUCCGAACCCCGGCCAACCUGGACGACCUGGCCGCCUACACCUCCCUCAAGUUCUACAUCACCCUGCCGGAGGCGGAGCGGGCGCGGCGGCAGAACGGCCUCGUCAAACAGUUCGUCUUCUACCUCGGCAACAAGGACUCCAGCAAGGAGUUCCUGGGGAUGGCGCUGGAGGGGAAGCGGCUGCGCUGGUACUUCAACGUCGGAGGGGAGACGGCCGAGGUGCUCAUGGCCGAAGACGUCAAGUCCAACGGGAACUUCAACAGCGUGGUGCUGGAGAGGAUCCUGCAGUUCGGUCAGAUGUCCAUGUCGUCUGAAGCCUCUGAGGGCGACCAAAGAGUCACCAAAGCCUACGUGGAGGCUCGAGGCGACCAGGGGCUGCUCAACCUGCUGACCGACGACACCGUCUUCUACGUGGGAGGAUAUCCCAGCACCUUCAAGCCGCCCGCUCCGCUCGCCCUGCCGAACUUCAAAGGCUGCAUCGAGCUGGACACGCUGAACGAGGAGGUGCUCAGCCUGUAUAACUUCGAUCAGAUCUUCCGGCUCAACACCACCGAGGAGAAGCCGUGCGGCAGGUCCAAGCCGGCGCUGACUCAGGCCUGGGUCAACGACGCCGCGUACUUCGACGGCACGGGCUUCGCCGAGAUCACCUUCACGGAGGAGCCGUCCCGCAUGCAGCGCUUCGAACAGGAAGUCAGGCUGCUGUCGCACAAAGGAAUCCUGCUGCUGCUGCAGAGUCAGGACCACUUCCUGUGCCUGGCCGUGCUUCAGGGCAGACUCAAGGUCUUCUACGACUUCAGCGGCUCCCUGAUGGAGCUGGAGCCCAAAGACCCGUCGGAGGACCUGAGGGUCGCCGACGCCGACACCAAAGCUCUGGAGAUCAUAAUCCUGCGCUCCAGCCCGAACCGACUGGUGGUGAGGAACAACCGCGUCACGCUGUACACACAGACGUUCACGGAGAACAUCCCCCCGUUCUCCAGCCGCUACUACCUGGGGGGGGGUCCCGCAGGACAAGCUGCCUGAGAGGUUGAAGCCGACGUUCUCGAACCAGGUGUCCGUUAAGGGCUGCUUCAGGAACGUGAAGGCCCACAACUCACACAUCGACCUGAAGAGGAUGAAGAGCUCCGGCGUCAGCUUCGGCUGCGACAGCGACCUGCUGGU